UUCCGGGCUAGUGAGGAUCCCCAUCAGGUCGCCUGCUCUAUCCACUCAACCACCAUAACGUCCGACCUCGUGGGUUUUUACCAGGGAUGUCGCAAUAUAUGUUUUAUUUGCACUGUAUGCUUCCCGGGAAGAUGAGAUUGUUUUAGUCAGCAAUCAGAUCAGCUUGGGAGAUUGUGAAGUGCGUCGAGCUUGCUGCUGAGCGAGGGUUUGCACGACUGAAAUACAAUCUACUACUAUUGUUGGAAAAGACAUUCCCCUUGUGUUUUUUGCGCAGUGACCAUUAUACGCACCAGUGAUGGGAUUCCGAUAUGUCUAUCUGCAUUUUCCCGCCUGGAUGAUCGUUUGACUGCACGUAGUGAAGAGUUAAGAAUGUCUCUCACUGUCUUGCUGAACUGUUGAAGGACAAGGGCAAUUUCUAUAUACACUAGGACAAGUGAAACUACCUUACCUCAAGGGAGACCUUCAGCGACAAAAUGACGACAACUCCUUCACUUCAAAAGUUCAUAGAAGAGAAUAUCAAGCGACGACAAUGCUCUACCUUCGUCCGUGCAAAAACUUCUACGUGCGGCUGGCGGUUGACACUCCCAUGGAGACAGUCCUGGAACUGCUCACCACGCAGUGGGGUUUGCCCAAACCAAACCUGCUCAUCUCCGUCACAGGCGGCGCCAAAGCUUUCCAAGUGAGCUCAGGGCUCAGGGCCAAGUUCCAGAAAGGUCUCAUUAACGCCGUUUCAUCGACAGAGAAGUUCAAAGUUCCGGUCUGUCUGCUGGUGUUCGAAGGAGGAGCAGGAACUCUGGAGAACUGGGAAUCCGCUCUCAAACGGGAUAUCCCCACUGUCAUCCUAAAGGGCUCGGGACGAGUGGCUGACGUGCUGGCUUUUGCUUACCAGAAAUUGAAGUAUGAAGAAGAGACAGUGUACAACCAGAAGGGCGACAAAGAGAGAAGACGGGUGGCGCGCCUGGACAAAGUGACCGAGUCCCAGAUCACCCACAUGCUGCUCAACAGGGCCGAACUUCCGUCCGAAAACCUGGCCAAGUUCCAGCGCCAGGUGAGGUCAGUCUGCUACUACUACCCCAACAUCUCCGUCUUUGAGAUGGAUGACGUCAACUCGUCCACUGACAUCGACCUCGCCAUCUUGAAUUCCAUACUGCAAGAUUUCAACAACUUAGAAAAGCAGCUUAAACUAGCCAUGAAGUGGAACAGACCUGAUGUCGCCAGAGAAAAGAUCCUAACUGAUGAAGCAAUGAGAACAGGGUCACUGACCUCCUGCACCCUUGGUCGUCUCAUGCUGGACGCUAUCGCCAGCAACAGAGUGCAGUUUGUGGAGCUGUUCCUCUCCUUCCGGGUGGAUCUUAACGAGCUGCUCACACGGGACAAGCUUACAAAGCUCUAUCAGGACAAGAUCCACAACCGCUUUUUCCUGUACCGAAAGAAAUAUGGCCUACCUGAUGAGUCCACUGGACAGCCCAAGAAGUUUGAGCUGAAGUGCGUUGACGAUGUGGUCAGCGACCUCAUGUUACCUACCUUCAACUGGACCCCGCUCUACAGUGACAGCUCAGACCCGCAUAUACCCAUGGAGUCGCCGGCUCUUGCUCUGUUCCUGUGGUCUCUGCUCAUGGGAUACACAGAUAUGUCCAAGGUUUUCUGGAAAGAGGGGAUGGAGCAGAUGGCGUCUGCCCUUUUUGCUCAGGCGAUGUUCAACAAAAUGCAGAACAAAACAAAAGACAACGAGAUAUGCAGACAGCUCAAGAGAGGGGCAGGUGAGUACAGCGAACUGGCAGUUGGCAUAAUCGGCGCGUGCUUCAAGAAGCACGAGGGCUACACCCACGACCUGCUCAAGCGUGUCAUGGAGAACUGGAGCAACUACACGUGCACGGAGAUGGCGCUACUGGCGGGCAACAGGGAGUUCCUGGCACAUUCUGCCUGCCAGUCCCUGGCUGAGAUCGCCUGGAGUAAACCCUUCGAGCAGACGCUUCCACUGUGGAAGUGCAUCCUCGCCAUGUUGUUCCCUCCCCUGAUCUGGUCCAGUCUGCGGAGAGCUGCUCAGGGCAAAAAAACAAAGGGUGUGGGGAGCCGAGGACACACCGCACCCUGCAUGAACAACAGUUUGGAACACGACAACAUCAACUUGACGGAGACCAGAACUGCUAACACCGACAACCAAGAUCUAUCACCCAAUUCUCCGCCAGACGGCAUCGAAACGCAAAACGUCCCUGAAGACUACAAGCAUGACCGUGGUGUGCUCAAGACUCUAACACUGCUCUAUUCCUGUCCAAAGGUCAAGCUAUCUAUGGACGUGCUCUUCUACCUCGUGUUCCAAGGGAUGUACAGCUACUUACUGGUCGUUAGGUUGGACGAGGAGUUCCAUUGUCUAGAGGUCGUACCCUACCUGUGGGGCCUCUGCCACAUUUUGGGGAUGAUCAGAGAGAUCUUGGACAACAGGGCCUUCACCUGCAAAUCAAAGCUCUGGAGCUACUGGUGCACAAGGAAUUUUAACCGCUAUGACGUCAUACUCUGCUUGACCUUAGCCGCGGCCAUUGUCCUGAGGGUCACACUGACGGGUCAAAACUUCAUCUGGGCCAGGAUUAUGUUCAGCGUCAAUUUCAUCUUGUUCUUCUUCCGCAUCCUCAAAAAUUUCGCCGCUCACCAAAUCCUCGGUCCUCUGGUCACCAUGCUGGGAUUUACUUCCUGCUCACCAACAUCAUGCUGCUCAACCUGCUUAUCGCCAUGUUCAACAAACACACCUUUCCGCAGAGUGUACGGGAGCAGUGAGCCCAUGCACACAGACCACCGCCUACAGAGGAAAAAGCGCAAGUUGAUUCACUGGGAAAACACAGAAACAGAGGACCAGUGCCGCUAUAUCAAGCCCAACCUCCAGUCCCGAAUGUCGCCCUACUUCCUCUCCGAAGUGGACAGAUUCCCCGUGCCUGACAACAUGGUCGCCUGGGACAUCAGUUUUGAUGACUACUGCCCCCCAUCGUUUACAGCACUGGAAAUUCUGAACAAUCCCGGAGAGAUCAACCUGGAAGAAAUACGAGAGGAUGAGAGGGAAGGGAAGAUUGCCUUCAACAGUGAUGCCAGGAGUAGUCUAAUGGGCACGCCCUACGUCAUUGACGCUGGCCUUCCUCGCAAUCCAAUUGGUCGAACUGGUCUAAAGGGGCGGGGCAAACUUCUCCGAUGGGGACCCAACAGAACGUGGGAUCCCGUCAUUACGAGAUGGAAGAAGUAUCUAGGCACUGACUCCCGGGUGAAAGGAAAAGACGGGAGGGACGUACUCGAAUUCCUGGCUGUUCUCCGGAACGACACCAAGCAAUGGUCCUUUCCAGGGGGCAUGCGUCGCCACUCCGAAAACCAUUUGGCCACGCUCAAGGUCAACUUCCAGGAAACAGGGCGGAGUCAGGAAGAUUCCAUUGAGAAAGUCAAGCAAAUGCUAGAACCACUUAAAAAAGAGGUAUACACUGGGUACGCAGACGUGCCCCUCAACACGGACAACGCUUGGGUGGAGACGACUGUGGCGAACUUCCAUGCCGAGGACGACGCCAUCUUUCGUAACAUCAACAUUCUGGCCGGCCACGACUCAAACUAUGUGACGUGGCAAACUGUGUCCACCGAUCUGCCCUUGUGGGGGUCUCAGACCUACUUCCUCAAACUGGUGGCAGAGCUCCACAACGCUUCUAUCUGAGUUUUGCCCGGAAGACUGGCAAAACCACCGCUCACAUCUGUGUUCGCCCGGCAGACUAGCAAAACAAACGCUUACAUCUAUGCUCAACUGACAGACUAGCAAUCACGGCGCUUGCUGCUUCUUCUAAACUGUUCUUAUUGUUAUUGUUAUUGCUGUAAUUAUUAUUGUUAUUGAGAUCAUGAGUAUUAUUAUUAUAACUUCCGCAUUCCCAUGGAAACUUUCUCUGCUGACCAAUCUUCGGCUUUCUGAUUUUUAAAUUAUAUUCAAUGUACGUAAUAUUGCUAUCUUUAUGUUUGUACUAUUUGCAGCAUCCAGAUCAUAAAAGAUAUUUUCUUAGCAUAAAUGAAUUUUUCACAAAAUGAAAUCACUGGUUUAUGUCAUGUUAUCUGGAUUUUUCACUGUUCAUAACUAAAUGUAAGAUUGUCAUCGCUGUAACUAUAGUACCUGUGAUUAU